AUGAUGGACCUUUCUGAUAUUGCGCGCUGUGGAGCAAGCACAGAUCUCUCGAAAGAGGGUUCCUGUGACUAUUUGCUUGCCUGCAUGCAAGACAUACAAGCUGUCUUGAAGCAGAGCAAGCUCAAAGCACUUGUUAUAGAUACUUUUGGGGGGAGGAUCGAGAAACUUCUCUGCGAGAAAUAUAUGCAUGCCUGUGAUUUGAUUGCUGAUAAAAGUUCAACGGGCAAUGUAAAAGAGAGUGAAAGUGUCUCGGAGCAUGCCUCGCAAGGCUCCGCAAUGGCUACUCCGCACUUUCUGCAGAAGGAAAGGACAAGCAUCGAUGACUUUGAGAUCAUCAAACCAAUAAGCAGAGGUGCCUUCGGUAAAGUCUUUCUUGCACGUAAAAGAACAACUGGAGACUUUUUUGCAAUAAAGGUACUCAAGAAGCUGGAUAUGAUAAGGAAAAACGACAUCGAAAGGAUAUUGGAAGAGCGAAAUAUACUUAUAACUGUCAGAUACCCAUUUGUGGUUCGGUUUUUUUAUUCAUUCACCUGCAGUGAUAACCUCUACUUGGUAAUGGAAUAUCUUAAUGGUGGUGAUCUAUAUUAUCUGCUCCAGAAAGUUGGCUGUCUUGACGAUGACAUUGCUCGUAUAUACAUCGCGGAACUGCUGACAGACUUUGGGCUGUCAAAGAUCGGUCUUAUAAACAACACAAUUGAUUUAUCUGGCCCUGAGUCAGAUGCAUCUCCAAGAAAAAGUUCUCGUCAUUUUCAAAAGAGCAAAGAAGAAGAAAGAAUUCGACAUUCAGCUGUUGGGACACCUGACUACUUGGCGCCGGAGAUUCUUCUCGGAACUGAACAUGGUUAUGCUGCGGAUUGGUGGUCUGUGGGAAUCAUCUUGUUUGAACUGAUAACCGGAAUUCCACCUUUUACAGCAGUCCGCCCUGAGAUUAUAUUUGACAACAUCCUCAACGGAAAAAUGCCCUGGCCUGAUGUGCCUGGUCAAAUGUCAUAUGAAGCUCAGGAUCUGAUUAACAGGCUUCUUGUCCAUGAGCCGGAAAAGCGACUGGGGGCGAAUGGGGCUGCAGAGGUUAAGUCACAUCCCUUCUUUCGAGGUGUUGACUGGGAAAAUCUUGCUAUGCAAAAGGCUGCCUUUGUACCACAGCCUGAGAGUAUACAUGACACCAGCUAUUUUGUAUCACGGUUUGGUGAAAAGAGUUGCAGUGAUUCUGAUACUGACAACGACAGUGGAUCAUAUCCAAACUCAGGAGAUGAGUUGGAUGAAUGCACCAACCUGGCCGACUUUGAUUCUCCACCUUACUAUCUCUCAUUCAUAAACUUUUCUUUCAAGAAUUUGUCACAAUUGGCUUCGAUCAAUCAUGAUGUGUUAUUGCAAAAGGAUCCAGCCAAAGGAGGAGGAGGAGGAGCCUCACCUUUCAAUAGCCAUGGAACGUAUAGCGUUGCUACAACCGUCAAAGCUAGCUUUAGUCCACGGAUUGGUCUGGUUUGCACCUGCUUUGACAUUUGUAGCUGCUGCUGCUGCUGCUGCUGCAACUACUCUCCCUUUUUUUCUACGCGAGUUCGUUACCUUAAAGGUUUAGGGUAA